AGAUGUGCCAAAAAAAAUCUCUAAUUAGUCUGUAUUGGGAUAUUGAUUUAGGUAGUAUUGUGUUGUAUUUUGUUUCUGCGAGCAGAAUAAUAGUAAAAUAAAAAUAAUUCGCAGUAAAAUGUUUUGUUUAUAAUUUUUGCAUUUUAAACAAUAAAACAAAAGAUAAUAGUCUCGUAAAAAAAAAAACAGAAUCAUUGGAAUAUUUUGUAUUCGUUUUGAUAUUUAAAAUUUUCGUUAAUAUUUCGCAUUAUUGGAAUGCUAAAGUUUACAAAAAAAAAAUUGAAAAAUUUGUAUAGUUAAAUGAUUAAUUUUGAGAUAAAAAUAAAACACAAAAAUAAUAUAACAAAGCAAUAAAUUUUUUAUGAUAAGCGUGAUCUUCUGUGAUUUUACGAUUUUUUACAAAAAGCUGCUAAAAAAUCGAAUCUUAAAUAUGAAAAUACUAGAUAUAGCAACAAUAAGAUAGCGUGACUCAUAUAAAUAUAAAAUAUAAAACAUAAAAACAUAAAAUCAAAAAUAUUUUUGAUGUCCGAAAUCUGCCCUUUAAAAAAGGGAUUCGUUUUUUUUUUUUUGUUUUAAAAUCAAUUGUUUCAAAACAGCUUAAUAACAAUAAUAAAUAAUAAGUAUUUAUAUAGACUCGUAAAAAAAAAAAAAAUUCUAUUACUUAAAAAAAUCUACGCAUAUUAUUUUUGAUAUCUGUUUUCUAUUUUAUGAAAACUGCCAAAUAAAAUAAUUAAAUAUGUGUUGUAAAUGUUGCAGUCAAGUGCAGAGAAAACUUUGGGUUUUUGGUACUGGUACAUUUUUAUUAAUAUUAGGUUUAAUUAUAGGAUUAAUAUGGCCACCAUUAUCUGAAAAAAUAUUAAAUCAGCAAUUGGAAUUGAGAAAUGGUUCUAUGAACUAUCAUAAUUGGAUUGAAACACCGAUACCAAUGUAUUUCGAUUUGUAUUUAUUUAAUUGGACUAAUCCUCAUGAAUUAGCGGAACCUGGUUUUAAACCAAAAUUUACUGAAUAUGGUCCAUUAGUUUUUACUGAAAAACAUACGCGUGUUGAUGUAGAUUGGAAUAAAAAUAAUACAGUAUCAUAUUAUCAAGUUAGAGAAUGGCAUUUUAUGCCAGAAUUAUCAAAUGGUACUUUAAAAGAGCCAAUUACUCAUGCAAAUGUGAUUACUGCGACUGUAGCACAUUUGAUGAGAAAUCAAAGUAAAUUGGUAAAAAAAGCUAUAAAUUAUCUUCUAAAUCAUAAAGGUGGAGAUCUCACAUGGACAAAACCGGCUGGUGAAUGGCUUUUUGAUGGAUUUGAUGAUAAACUUUUAACAUUUUUGAAGAAAUUUAAUUCACCAGCUAUUGAUAUACCAUUUGAGAAGUUUGGAUGGUUAGUUGAUAGAAAUAUGUCAAAAACAUAUGAUGGUCGAUAUGGCAUGUUUACUGGAACUGAUGAAAUUAAUAAAUUGGGUUAUUUAACCGAGUGGAAUUAUUCGAAUAAAACUAAAUUUUAUGAAGGGACAUGUGCCAUGGUUAACGGUACAAGUGGUGAAUUAUGGCCUCCAUCGAUUGAUACAAAUAGUUUUGUUUCCGUUUUCGCAAGUGAUAUAUGCCGUUCAAUUGAUAUUUACCCCCAAGAUAGUUAUACACUUCAUGGAGUUACUGGAACUAUUUGGAAAGCUACAAAUCGUACUUUAGAUAACGGUCAAAUUGAUCCAAAUAAUGUUUGCUUUUGUCCAGAUGGAGAUCCAAACAAAUGUCCUAAAAGUGGUGUCAUUGAUGUUUCAAAAUGUCGUUGGAAUGCACCUGUAUCAUUUUCGUUUCCACAUUUUUAUUUAGCAGAUCCAUCGUAUGUUGAAGCUGUUGAAGGUAUUAAACCAGAAAAAGAGAAACAUGAAUUUUAUAUGGCUUUAGAACCAACUGCUGGUAUACCAAUAUCAGUUAGUGCCAAAUUUCAAAUUAAUAUGAAAUUACAGCGUGACGAAGAAAUCGAUAUUUAUAAACAUGUUCAAGAAGACGUAGAAAUGCCUAUGUUUUGGUUUGCUCAAAGAGCUGAAUUAGAUGAAGACACAGCUUCAAAAGCGAAAUUGGCUCUUGCUCUUCCAAUUAUUGGUGUAGCUGUUGGUUACAGUGUAGCUGGUGUUGGAGCAAUUAUAAUAAUUGUUGGAAUUACUUUAUCUAUUUUAAAAAAGUGGGGGGGAUCAUAUCAUGAUGAUAGACAACCACUGAAUGAUGAAUUCGGAAAUCAAAACUUCUAUAUUUUGCAUAAGUACCUAAUUAAAUUUACUAUUAAAAAUAUGUCUCGUAAACAUUGUAGCGGUGCUCAAAAAAAACUUUGGACAUUUUUCACUGGUUUAUUAGUUUUAGUAAUUGGAUUAUGUUUGGGAAUUCUAUGGCCAACAUUAUCUAAAACAAUAUUCCAUAAACAAUUACAAUUACGAAAUGGAUCAGCAGCAUAUUACCAAUGGAUCAAUAGAUCUGUACCAACAUAUUUUGAUGUGUAUCUAUUUAAUUGGACCAAUCCCCACAAAUUACAGGAACCAAAUUUUAAGCCACAUUUUGUUGAAUAUGGGCCACUUGUUUUUAGUGAAAAACGUAUAAUUGUUGAUAUUAAUUGGAAUCCAAAUCAUACCGUUUCAUUUCAUGAAAUUAAACAAUGGAAUUUUGAACCAAUUUUAUCAAAUGGUACUUUAGAUGAACCAAUAACACAUGCCAACGUUAUAACUGCGAUUGUAGCAAAUAUAAUGAAAAGUCAAAAUGAUAUAGUAAAAGAACUUGUAAAUUAUAUGCUUAAUAAUACUGGUAGUUUAACAUGGACUAAACCAGCUGGUCAAUGGAUAUUUGAAGGUUUUGAUGAUAAACUCUUAUCAUUCUUAAAACAAUUUAAUUCAUUUUUAAUUGAUAUUCCACUUGAGAAGUUUGGAUGGUUAGUUGACAGAAAUAUGUCAAAAACAUAUGAAGGUCAUUUUGAAAUUAAUACAGGCACUGAUGAAAUUCAUAAAUUAGGUUAUAUAACAUAUUGGAAUUAUUCACGUAAAACUGAUUUUUAUGAUGAACAUUGUAGUAUGAUUAAUGGUACAGAAGGAGAUUUAUGGCCACCAUUAAUUGAUACAAAUAAAUUUUUAUCAAUUUUUAUACGUGAUAUUUGUCGUUCUGUUAAUAUUUAUCCAGAUGUUGAUAUAUUAUUAUAUGGAGUUAGUGGUACUAUUUGGAAAGCAACACAAUUAACAUUAGAUAGCGGUCAAAUAGAAAAAAAUAAUUUAUGUUUUUGUCCAAAUAGUAAUAUUAAAGAAUGUCAUAAAUAUGGUGUUGUUGAUGCAUCAAAAUGUUUUUGGGGUGCACCAAUUUCAAUUUCAUUUCCACAUUUUUACUUAGCCGAUUCAAGUUAUAUUGAAGCAAUUGAAGGUAUUAAACCUGAUAAGAAAAAACAUGAAUUUUAUAUAGCAUUAGAAAAAUCAGCUGGUAUACCAAUUGUCAGAAAUAUGAAAUUUCAAAUUAAUAUGAAAUUACAGCAUGUGCAAGGAAUUGAUAUUUAUAAAGAUAUUAAAAAAGAUGUACUGAUGCCAAUGUAUUGGUUUAAUCGAAGAUCUGAAUUAGAUAAGGAAACUGCAUCUAAAAUUAAACUCAAUCUAGCACCCCCUAUUAUAAUUAUUUCAAUUGGAUAUAGUUUAGCUGCUGUUGGUUUUGUUAUUUUAAUAGCAGGAAUUGCACUUAUUGUGGUAAAACAAUGAAAGUAUUGUAAUUUU